GCAAGCGAUGCGGCAACGGAGGAUGAGAUUUUAUAGAAUGCGAGCUAGGAGGCGAAAACAGUUGAUGCUGCUUUUGUUGUCUGUGCUGAUCGUUUCACCUGAGAGGACUAUAUGGUCUCGGGAAAGGUCAAGCCAUUGGUGGGAGAGAAUCGUUAAUGAAACAUUUGAUGAUAGGGACUGGCAAGAAAGUUUCAGAAUGAGGCGGGAGACGUUUGAAUAUCUGGUCAAUGAAUUAGCCCUGCACUUACCAACACCUGGGAUGUGGAGAUCGAUUUCUAUGCGACGACGUGUGGCUGUUACCCUGUGGAUUCUGGCACACGGCACAGACUACAGGACAGUGGGGCAUCUGUUUGGGCUGGGACGCUCAACAGUGUGCAUGAUAUUCAGACACACGGUGGUGGCUUUGGCAACACACAUUGCUCCCCUGUACAUACAAAUGCCUACGGGGGAGAGGCUCGAUGCCAUUGUGAGGGGGUUUGAGGAAACAUGGGGGAUGCCUCAAUGUGUAGGGGCCAUGGAUGGGACGCAUAUUCCAAUUGUGGCACCAUUGGAGCACAAGGGAGAUUAUUACAAUAGGAAGGGAUUUUAUUCCCUUGUUGCUCAGGUUGUGUGUGACCAUGAGACCAGAGUGUUGGAUGUCGUUGUGGGGUGGCCUGGCAGUGUCCAUGAUGCCAGGGUUUUGGCAAAUUCGAAUGUCUACAGGAAGGCAGAAGAGGGGAGGCUGUUCCCAAUGGAUGAUCAACAUGUAAGAAACAUUGAAGGAAUAGAUGUCCCAUUGUUUAUUUUGGGAGAUUCUGCCUACCCGCUGAAGCCCUACCUAAUGAGGCCCUUCCCAGAUAAUGGACACUUAAAUAGGAUGCAUACUAAUUAUAAUUAUAGACAUUCUCGGGCAAGGAUGCCCAUCGAAUGUUGUUUUGGGAGGACAAAAAAGAAGUGGAGCAUUCUCCAAUAUCGUAUUGAUUUUGACACUGAAUUUGUUUCGCAUCUUUUAAUGGCAUGUUUUGCUUUACAUAACAUUUCUUUAGUUCACAAACAUGAAAUGAAUUUUGAGUUUAUUUUGCAAGUGGAGCAGGACCGUGAACACAGAGGGUAUCAUCCACCGCCUAGAGAGGAGAGGGCACGGUUUCGAGGAAAAGAUAUAAGGGAAUCGUUAAUGGGGUUUUUCAAUAGAUAGACUUUCUUCCUCCAUUUUAGGAUAGUAGUUCUGUUUUUGAAUAGUUUGAAUUACCUGACCUAAAAACAAAAAUUGGCUACAGAAAAUAAUAAACUU